AAUUAAAAGUUUCUCGUUUCAUCUCAUUUUCCUAUUCUCAUUCUUCUGUUUCCGCUUCCUUUUUCUCUAACUCUUGACUUCGAAACACUACUGUAGUUAUUGUUAAUAUUUUCAAUAGAAGCUCUGAUGAUCUCACUAUGAUGCAAUUGAUUCACUUCUUUAAUCUUCAGGAAACAAUUUAUCUAAUUAUUUGAUCACUUACAUUGAACAAGAGAUAUCUGAUUAAGGCAGGAAAAGAAAAGGAUGAAAGUGUCGUUAUUUUUACCUGGAAAAAUUUACCUCUCUCUCUCCCUCUGUUGCUCCCUUUUACUCUCAUUCUUCAAAUGUAUCAAUAAAUUGAAAGUUUUUUCGUUUUCAAUUCUACUCUGUUAUGAAUAAGUGAUUGAACUGCUUUGUUUUAUACGAAAUGGAUUUUGAACAAGAUGAUAGUUCAUUUACGACUCGUGAGUUAACAUAUCCGAUUGGAUGUUCUGCUGUUAAACAGUCCGAUAUUGUGAUUAUUGAUGGUCGACCAUGUAAAGUCAUGGAAAUAAGUACCGAAACUGGGGAAGACGGAGAGGAAAAGAUUCAUAUUAAAGGAGAGGAUAUUUUCAAUGGCGAUAAUCAUGAUGAUUUCUGCUCUCUAACUGAAAUGAUUACUAUUGCUGUAGUUUCAGACAAAGAGUACGAACUAGUUAGCAUUGAAGAAGGUUAUUGUGUGUUAAUGGAUGACAAGGAGAAACUGAGUGGAUAUACGAUUGCCUGCGGGUGAACUUGGUACCAAUUUGCAAAAGUUUUUGGACGAACUUAAAACAAUUUCAGUUACUGUUUUAUCCGCUUUGGGCGAAGAAGAAAUCGUUCGUUGUAAAACAUACAGUUGAAACUUAUAAUCAAAAUGAUAUGAUUAAUUUUCGUCAAUGGACAGUUCGAAGUGCACUGAGUUUCCAUUACAUGAAGUAUUAAUAUGUUUUAAAUGAAUUCUAUUGAUAAAUAAUCGGGUUUUAAAGCUCAUUGCGAGAAUUACAAAUAAACAACAUUCAUUAUUUACCCAAUA